AACGCAAAAUAUUUUCAGAUAUACAAUACACAACGCAAAAUGACCAGUUUUUCCUCUGGAUGAUGCUAAAAACUUAAAAACAUUAAUAAAUAUGGAGGAAUAAAGAAUAAAAUAUGAUUUUUGAAUUUUAAAAGAAAAUGGAGGAACUAAUUGUUACUGGUGAAGAAACGGUUGCAACAACCCAGGUGCCUCUAAACAACCUGGAGAACCUGGAGAAUCUGGACCUGUUUACUGUAGAGUCCGAUAUUGUUCAUUACUCACAGGAGAUAUUAGUACAGGAUAGUGACUCCCUAGGGUAUGCAGACUUUUCAUCAGAGCAGGAUGUUACAUCAGAGGGCUGCGAUCCUGAGCGUGUUAGAAAAGUUUCUUCAUUUCCAGAAAAGUUCCGUGGACGGCCUCCUAAUUUCGAGGCUUCAGAGGUCGAUGCCCAGGGCCAAACAUGGUACAAUUGUUCUGUCUGUGAAACUAAAUGUACGGGAAGAAGUGAAUUACUGCAACACAUGAGAACUCACGAUAAGGAGCGUCCGUUCUACUGCAAGGUUUGUGGAUCCAAUUUCAAGCAAGUUGUCCAUCUCAGAGCUCACAUGAGAAUGCAUACUGGAGAGAAACCGUUUAAAUGCAGUGUGUGUGCAAAAUUUUUCCGCCAAAAAGUGAUUUUAGACCAACACAUGAGAAUUCAUACUAAGAGCAAACCAUACAAAUGUACCGAGACUGGAUGUAUCAAAGAAUUUACACAAAAAUCCUCGUUAAAGAACCACAUAAAGUCCCACAGGACUGGUAAACUAAGUGAACAGUACAAUAAGAAGGAGGUGUACACCAGAAAAGAAGUUUACACAAGAAAAGAACCAGUUCAACCUAUCCUACAAUCUGCAGUACACUCAUUUGUACAACCCCUUGUACAACCCCUUGUACAACCUCCUGUUUUCAAGAUAUCCGAUGGAAGAUCUAAAUCUGUUACGAAGAUUCUAGAUAACAGAAAACUGACGCAGGGAGGUGAAUGUCCCAAGCAGUUUAAAACAACUGUUGUUAGAAUGACUCAAUCUCAGUUUCAAGAGUACCUGAAAAAGAAGUACCCUAAGAGUUCAGAAAGCGGUGCACUGAAAUCUCAAGUCCAGCCAGACGAGCCUUUGAAAUUAUACACUUCAACGCCAGACCCAAGAAUAUCAGAAAUAUCUGAGAUAGUCGUCAAGGAUUCUCAAAGAGCUCCAGAAGGACAGUUAAGUCAUGUUGAAGGAAAACAUUUAGCACUAACAAACAAGAUACCCAUCACCCAUCAAGGAAAUUCCCUCCCCAAGAAGCAACUGCAGGACUCUGCUUGGAGAAGAUCAAAGCAGAUCAGCAGUCCGUUUCUGACCUAUGUUAACUUGUGUAAACCUCUGCUGCAGGCUGAACAACCUGAUCUUAACCUUAUUCAGCAGAUUGAGGAAUUAGCGGCUAGGUGGAAUAGAUUAAGCAGUGAAGAAAAGUCCAGCUUUGAAGAAAUACAAAAACAAUCUGAAACGAAAACUUGGUAUGAGAAUUCAACUGCUUCAUCCGUUCAUAGUCUUUCCACAGCUCUUACCUCUUCAGAAGCUUUUACAGCUCCAUCAGUUCUAGCAGCUCCAUCAGUUGUGACAGCUCCCCUAGAAUCAUCUCAUUUCUUCAGUUCUAAACCUCAACCAAAAAAUCGGAAUGCACAGAUAUGUUUACCGAUAGAUACUCUGUUCCAGUUACCAGCCACCAGUAAUAAGGUUGUUCUCAAACAGUUUCCGCAUGAGAAUGGAAAUGUUUAUGAAAUAGCUAUGGAAGGUAUAGAUGUGAACAGUGUACCCGGAAUGCCUGGAAUUCCUGGAAUUCCUGGCGCUAAAAAUAAUAUCGUUGUCAUCAGUCCUGUCAGAAAGUUUAGAACGUAUCCUUCUAAACGGAACCGAAGACUCAAUACUCCUCUAAAGCAGAAUGAAGUCGCGGCAUCUUUUGGUAUAAAUCAACUAAUCACUCUUAGUCAAUCAGCUAAUCAACAAAUCCCGGAACAAAGACGAUCUCUUAUUGAAAGUCAGGGACUAUCAUCCUGUAUUGGAGUAACCACAGAAGUCAUUUCUAGUGGAAUAAAUGAAUUAUCCAGCGGAUUAUUUAGUGGAAACGGACUAUGUGAAACAUCUUCUGGUGGAUUAAAUUCAAUGUCUGAUUUGUCAAGGUUACAACCUCCAGGCUCUGAACUGAUAGAACUAGGAGGAGAAAAAAUGGCGGGAAAAGUUGAAAUAUUCAAAAUGGCGGGAAAAGUUGAAAUAUUCAAAAUGGCUGACAUCAGAGACAAAGAAAGUCUGGCAGAUAUCUCAGAUGUGGAUGAAUCACAAGGUCCUGAAAUGCAAGCUAGAGCAGAUAUAUCUAAUGACGAAAACUUGAACGAAAUGGCUUCGCAGGAAAUUGUCGAGUCUAACUUUGUAAUGGAAGACACAGGGGAACUUACAGUAUUAGAGGACGAACAUGAGGUUUUAGAGGACGAUCAGGGUGUCCUCAACAAUACUACAUUAGAGGACGAGGACAUUCUUCAGUAUCAAGACUCCAUACAGUACACAGAGCAGGACAACAUAGAGAACUUGUACUCAAUAUAUCAUUUAUAGUGUACUUAAUUAAUUCAUUUGUUUAUUUUAUUUAUAUUUGAUUAUUUAUUUUUUGAUUAUUCUGACCUGUACUUUAAUAAGUUGCCAAAAUUUUACUUUAUUUGUCAUAGUUGUUUUAUUGCAGUGAAUAAAUGCUCUAUAUCUGAA